GCGGGCGCCCGGCCCCGAACCUGUCAGACUCGGGAAGCCGGCCUGGAGCGGCGGGCGCUGCAGGCUCGAGGACCGCCUCGCUCCUUCGCGGCCCCGGGCCGAGAUGUGCGAACCGGCCCCGCGGAGCCGGCCGGGGGAGGGGAGAUGAGCGGCGGCCCGGCAGCGGCACCCCAGGUAGAGCGCUGCCCCCUUUCGGAGCCCCGGCGCCCCCCGCCGCCCGGGGCUUCGGAACUUGUGGGCUCUGUCGGGCCCCCUAUAAUUUAUAAUGUUCCGUUUGCCACAGGAUGAGGAGGGACGCGCCGCAGGGCCCCUGGGAACUGGCUCUCGAGUGAAGUAAGAGUCGCCGGCCAUCCGCCUGCACCCAGCCGCUCGGCGCCGCGGCCGCUCAGCCAGUGCCAUGGCCGGAUCCGGCGCGUGGAAGCGCCUCAAAUCAAUGCUGAGGAAGGAUGAUGCGCCGCUGUUCUUAAAUGACACCAGCGCCUUUGACUUCUCGGACGAGGUGGGCGACGAGGGGCUUUCUCGGUUUAACAAACUUCGAGUUGUGGUGGCCGACGAUGGUUCCGAAACCCCGGAAAGGCCUGCUAACGGGGCGCACUCGGCUCUCCAGGCCGACGAUGACUCCUUGCUGGACCAUGACUUACCUUUGACCAACAGUCAGCUGAGUUUGAAGGCGGACCCCUGUGACAACUGCAGCAAGCAGAGAGAGUUGUUGAAACAGAGAAAGGUGAAAACCAGAUUGACCAUUGCUGCCGUUCUUUACUUGCUUUUCAUGAUUGGAGAGCUUGUAGGUGGAUACAUUGCAAAUAGCCUAGCAAUCAUGACAGAUGCACUUCAUAUGUUAACUGACCUAAGUGCCAUCAUAUUGACCCUGCUUGCUUUGUGGCUGUCUUCAAAAUCACCAACCAAAAGAUUCACCUUUGGAUUUCAUCGCUUAGAGGUUCUGUCAGCUAUGAUUAGUGUGCUGUUGGUGUAUAUACUUAUGGGGUUUCUCCUCUAUGAAGCUGUCCAAAGAACUAUCCACAUGAAAUAUGAAAUAAAUGGAGAUAUAAUGCUCAUUACCGCAGCUAUUGGAGUUGCAGUUAACGUGAUAAUGGGGUUUCUGUUGAACCAAUCUGGUCACCAUCAUGCCCAUUCCCACUCCCUGCCCUCAAAUUCUCCUACCACAGGUCCCAGAUGUGGACAAAACCAAGGGCAGGAUAGCCUGGCAGUGAGAGCUGCAUUUGUACAUGCCUUGGGGGAUCUGGUACAGAGUGUUGGUGUGCUAAUAGCUGCAUACAUCAUACGAUUCAAGCCAGAAUACAAGAUUGCUGAUCCCAUCUGUACAUACGUGUUUUCAUUACUUGUGGCUUUUACAACCCUUCGAAUCAUAUGGGACACAGUAGUGAUAAUUCUAGAAGGUGUACCAAGCCAUUUGAACGUAGACUAUAUCAAAGAAGCUUUGAUGAAAAUAGAAGAUGUACAUUCAGUGGAAGAUUUAAAUAUCUGGUCUCUCACUUCAGGAAAACCUACUGCCAUAGUACACAUACAGCUAAUUCCUGGAAGUUCAUCUAAAUGGGAGGAAGUACAGUCCAAAGCAAAGCAUUUAUUAUUGAACACAUUUGGCAUGUAUAAAUGUACUAUUCAGCUUCAGAGUUACAGGCAAGAAGUGGACAGAACUUGUGCAAACUGUCAGAGUUCCAGUUCCUAACUGUGUAUGUACGGGAGACUGCUGCCUUAUUUAUCCUGCAGUCACAGAUGUGAGAGCAAUAAAUGCACACCUGAGUGAGAAAUGGAAUCCCUGACAGCUGUGUCACUAUCAAGCACCGGUCUCUCAAAACAGACACUCCAGCCUGACAGUGCUAGUUUCUGUUUAAUGGUAAAAUAAGACUUCACCAUGGUUCUCAUAUGAAGAUGUUUCUAAAACACUGUUUACAGGAUGAGACAUGACUCUACAGAUACCUCAUAGAAGACAAUCCAAGACCGUACUUCACUAAUUAUGACAGUACAUGUCUUAAAAGAAAGCAUCAAGAAUUCAGUAUUUGCAUUUAAAAAUCCUUUUUAAAGACCAUUUUUAUAUCAAGCCAGUGCUGGAAAACUGUUUUUUUUAUUAUGUAAUCUUGAACCCAGCUUCUUGAAUUUGACACCCAGCUCUCUUUUUACCAAAAUUAUUUCUCAAAGUACUACUAAUUAUCCAGAGAGUGGAAUAAGCAUGUAUUCCUAGAGUUUCAGGAAUGUUUUAUUUCACAAAUAAGUUCAAAUCUUAUUGUUAUAAUUUGUAAUCAACUAUUUCCAGAUAGUACCGGGUUUUGUAUGUCAAAGUUAGCAUUUUUGGUUAUUUGUAAUCUUAUCAGAAUCAAAUAUUAACAUAUUGUGGCCACUGAUUCUAAAUUGUUUAGGAGAUAUUUUCUGUGUUAUUCUGAAUAGCAGAAGUGAAUCAUAAACUCAAAUUAUAAUAUGAUACUUUGAAACAAAACUUAGGAGUGAGAAUGGGGUGUGGGGUUUCAGAUUUAAGUCUUCCUGAAAUCACUUAUUCGUGGAAUUAUUUUAAGAACAGCAAGAGACUGCAGAAGGUAAACAGUGACCCUCUGUCCUUUUAAGAACUGCCUCGCCUUUUGUACAGGAAGUUUGCUUGGCACCUUCCUUCCUGCUUCCAUACCAGUUAAUCCAUGGGAGCCCUUUCAGGGUAGAACUCUGGGAAACUUAAGUUUCAGCCUGCCCUCCACCUCUCAUGUGUAGAGCAACCACCUUCCUCCAGGAAGAAUUUUGGAUCAAUGGUAUGGGUUAGGGAUUCUCCAUGGACUCCAGAAAUCCUAGGAUAUAAUUUUGAAGUUUUUCCAAUAAUAGUAUCAUAACAGAAAUGCCCAGAGGGAUUGGGGGAAGAUAUUACUCUGAGAAGACAAAAUUUUCAAGGGUCUUUGACCUUGUGUGUUCUUGUGUUUUGAAGCAGGGGAAUGGGGAUGGACGUUAAAUCUGUUGUGGGAAGGCUAAGCAUAAAAGUUUUCAAAGCAGAGGCAACUAAUUGGUAACGAUUGUGUUAAAGAGGCAGCUGUGAAUAUUCAUGUUUCAUUUUGCAACUGUUGGUUUUGAGAUUAUCUUUAUGCAUGUUAGAAAUCCAUUUUCAAGAACAGUUUCUUAUACCAAGAACAGAUACGGUUCUUUGACUCCACAGAAUCAGAGCAGAGCAGCAGUGUACCAGGCAAGUUGUGAACUGAAAUCCUAGAUGGGCAUGCAGAUGACUCCUGAUAUAAAUGAAUAGGACACACACUUUAUCUUUCUGCCAAAUACCUCUCUAUGUAAUAAACCUAAGAUAAAACCUGGAUUUACCCCAAAAUUUAUUGUUGACGGUAUCCAGUAAAAGGGUUGAUGAGGAUUAAUGGUUCCUAAUAAAACCUUGUGUUUGUUGAAUUGAAUAUUAA